UGAUCCUGGGCUGAGUUCCCGGCCGCUCGACAAGCCCAACGGUUCUAGCGGAUCUACAGUUAGCCAGACGCCGUGUUUGCCCCGCACCCAUUGUGCGGCGAGCCGCUGAUGAAAGUAGCCGAAUGAGAAAGCAAAUUUGUUGUUUGUACUAAUGUACACAGCAUGAGAGGAACUUUUCCCUUUUGAUUUUCCUGUGACGACAGACGUGUGACAAUAAGCUGAGGAGAAGACAAGAUGCAGAGCCCAGAAGACAACACGAUGGUUGUGAGGAUGAUGGGGGACUUUGAUCGCUUUAUUGCUAAGGAUAUAGAAAAGCGAAAGAGAGAGCAGCACGUGAGAGAGCGUGAAGGUGAUCUGCUGACAGCUCACGGUCGUAUCGCCAAGCUAGAGACGGAGAUGGAGAUGAUGAAAGCCAGUACAAAGAAAGCAAGAUUGGAGGCGGAUGAAGAUGUCCAGAAACUCAAACAAAAAUUACAGAUGAAAACCGACACAGUUUCAGAGUUACAGUGUCAACUGGAAUUCAUCCUGAAGCAUGAGAAUCAACUCAAGCGAGACUUGGAGGAAGAGAAGAGCAGCAAAGCAGUGAUGAGGAAACAAUUCAACGAUCAGAUUCAAGACUUGAGAGAGAAGAAACUCAAGGUGGAUACCUUGUUACAGGAACAACAGUUCAGUAGUCGUGAUACCAUCUCCAAACUUUCCAAUGAUCUUACAAAGAAAGAUGCAGAGAUGAAGCUCUUGCAGACCGAUCUGGAAGAAGCUACGACACAAAUGAGAUACCAUAUGAAGAGAGGUCUAGGUGCAAGCAGUCAAAGGAGAGCUAUAGAGGAUUAUAAAGCACAGCUUGUUUCUGCCAACCACAAAAUACAGGUUCUUGAGCAACAGGUUGAAGCCCAGAAAGACAGUGCAGUAGUGGCCAGGGCCGUUCAGAGUGAUGUUCAGAAAGUCGGUAAACUAGAACAAGAAAAUACGAAACUGAAACAGGAAAAUGCUUAUUACAGAGAAACAUGUGAGAAUAACAGUUUACUGAAGGAGAAGGUGAGUGGGCUAGAAGCUAAGCUGGUGAGGGCAGAAGAAAGAUCUACACAAUUCGCUGAGCUUCAGGUUGAGAAUGAAGAUUUAAAAGCUAGACUUCAUCGCUGGGAAUCCAUCAGUGGUGACCAAUCUUCAAGGCCAAAGUCACCUUCCGAGAUGGUCCAGCAGAUAUCAGAAUUACAGAGGGGGCAGGUGAGCUUACUAGAACAGCAAGGCCAGUACAUGGCAAGUGCUCAUUCUCAUGAAGAAGCAUACAAAGCAACGAAGGAAGAUCUCAAAUCAAUGCAGCAGCAACUUGUAAAACAACGGGAACAAAACAAACAACAAGAAGAUCUAGUCAAGAGACUUCAGAGGAGACUACUCAUGCUAACCAAGGAGCGGGAUGGCAUGAGGCAGAUCUUGAACUCUUACGACGCAGAAGUGACCCAUUCAGGUUUUGAAUUGCAAGCUAAUACAAGAUUAAAGCAAGCUGAAGACACUGUUCAGAUGUGCCAUCAUCAGAUUGAGCAACUUGAUACAGCUCUAACAAAGAGCAAAGAGGAGGGCGGGCAGUACAGACUACAAGUCAAACAGCUGGAGCUUGAACUGGCUCACUUGAAGGAUGAACUGACGAUGGCCAAGGAAUCCCUUUCCAAGAGUGGAUCUGGAGGAACACCAUCUGAAUCAGAGGAAGAACUGAAGAAGAGAGUGGAGGAGCUUGAAGAGGAGUGUAAGAAACUCACUGAGAGGAACGAGAGCCUGGAACUUCAUUUAGAAAGGAGUGCACUGAAGGGAGACUACGAUCCAACAAAGACCAAGAUAGUUACAUUCAGCAUGAAUCCUGCAGCUAUGGCAAAGAAAAAGAGAGGGGAAGAACUGGAGAGAUUAAGAGCAGAAUGUGAGACCUUGAGACAACGUGUGAGGGUUCUGGAGGAAUCGUCCGGAGAAGGCACUUCUACUGAGACCGUAGCCAAUCGCAUCAGGGAAGAACAGACUAGAGCAGUUCAAGAUGUGAAGAAGGAGCUUGAGUUGUCGGAGUUACGUAAUCAACGGCUGAAGGAGGUGUUUGCCCAGAAGAUACAGGAGUUUCGUCAAGCCUGCUAUCGGUUGACAGGGUACCAGAUUAACAAUCCUACUAGCAACCAAUACAAGCUGUUAUCCAUGUAUGCAGAGUCUCCCAAUGAUAUAUUACAUUUUCAGAUGACACCAACAGGAGAAAUGGCCCUACUAGCCAACGAGUUCUCUUCAUCGUUAAGUCACAUGGUUGAUGAAUUCCUACUCCGUGGUCAUAGUAUCCCAGCAUUCCUCAGCACGGUGACCCUUGACCUCUUCAGCCGACAGACGGUCAUGACAUGAUCCUUCUUGAAAGUCGAGGCUAAUCUCUAUUUUUUUUUGUUAUUGAUUGUAAAAUCAACUAGUCUACAUCGUAAGCUAUUGCGGUUUUUAUUUUUAUUCCUCAUUUUAAGGGUGGCUCUGUGUUGGAAGUAAUAUGAUUUAAUAAAUGAAGUAGAAUCAGACAAUGUGAAAAUUGUAUCAAAAUCGGACAAGGAAUUUUUUUUUAAAAAAAGGACAUUUUAUAGUUCAGCUUCAUGUUUGUGCAACAGUUCUAUGAAUGUCUUUAUGAAUAUGCAAUGAAUGAGCUGAUGAUGUCAUAUGAAAUAAUGAUUUUAUUUACAAUACAAGAAAAAGGGAAAGUCUGGAAAAUGACCUCAUCAGUCCAGCUAUUGAAUGUUUAUGACUUUAUGCAUAGAACUCUUUUCACCAAGUGUUGCUAAUCGUAAAAACUCAAUAACUUUAUGGUUAAUCAGGUUUUGAUGAAAUUCUCAUUUUUGCCUGUUUAAUUUUGAUAUUUUAUUUAUAUACAUGUAUGGUAUUCCUAUUUUCAGUCUGGAGUGGCCUGUUAAGUUAGGUUUUCCUUAAAGACAAAUGAAAGUAGUUGCAGAAAACACUGAUUUCAUGAGAAAGUCUGUAAAACCAGGCUUAAUUGUCACUAUAUCAUCAAGGAUCUAGAUCUGGUACAGUUUCAUAAACUGAACUUAGUGAAAUCUUGAAAUCUACUCUGAAAAAAUGUUCAAACUGAAGAUCACCAACACAGAUAAGCCCACGUGGGACAGUGUAUUAUUGCUUUGAAUGUCGGCCCGACGCUUGACUCGAAUCCCGUGCUUAUUUGCUAAUUUCUCAGCAAUUGCACAAUUUCUUCCAGAAUCCUUUGACACAUAUACAAACAGACACUUUGGUGUUUAUUUUAUUGGAUUCUGUACGAACUCAAUUUGAAAUUUAUAUUGCAGUCCAAGCUAUGGAUCUACUGUCCCAAUCAAUUCUACUAAAUUCAAACGUGUUGUGGUUCUUGUCUGGUUGUGCACCAGAGUGGAAAAUACAUUGGUGCUAAGGGUAUUUCACCCCCCAUGAUAUAUCUAUAUAAAUGAUCUGCUCUAAAAUUUGAAAGAAUGUUUAAAGAAUCAAAUUAAUACUUUGUGGGUAAUUAAUGAAUAUUUACCCAUAUGGCUUUGUAAUGUUGAUAUAAUUAUGAACAGUUUUCUUGUUAAAGAAGUAGCAAUGCCUUAUACUAGUCUAACAUCUGUAUAAGUUGAUCAACUUUUCGCAAACUUGAAAUGGAUGGGGGGCAGUAUUUGUACUCCCUGUAUCAAACCCUGAUAAAACAGUCAAGUAGUUUUUAUUUAAGCUUGUAGGUACUUCAUAUAGGGUUUCAAUACUUCUAUAUGCACACUUUAAUUUGGAUAUGUUCACCCUGAUAAAUUUUCAGUUCCAAAGAGAAAAUAUCCUGCCUACUUUACAGGGUUUCUAGCUCAUGAGGGAACAUUAUGUUACAUUUUUUUUCCAGUCAGGGAAAAGUCAGGGAAUUUCUAUUGGCCCAAAACUUGACAGUAGUCAGUGAGACUCUGGCAGGCUAUGUUGUUGGUUUUUUGUAGCCUCUUUGAAUGCAGUCCAAGUAGCUGUUGGCCAUUACAUGCCUAGCAUUAUAGUGCUUUCUACUGCAAAUAAUUAAUAAUCAACUGCAAAGUCAUAGGAACCAUGUGAAACAGGAAAUGGGCUGAAAUAAGUAUCAUGGAAUUUUGAAACUUCAUUAGAGAAAAUUCAGGGAAAUGGGCUGAAAUAAGUAUCAUGGAAUUUUGAAACUUCAUCGGAGAAAAUUCAGGAAAUGUUGUUUUCUUGAAAUGCUAGAACCCAAUAUGUUUUGGUUUCAAUUGUUCAAAAGGCAAGUUUGAAAUUUGAUGGUAUCAUCAAUUUCUCAAAAGGACCUUAAUGAUUGGUGAUUUGUUCACAUAUCGUACAUGUACUUCAUAAUUGUACUUUUUUCAACUUUCAAGUCUGUCGUUAAAAGGUCAAUAAUGUGAACUACGUGAAUGCUUAAAUAUUAUCGAGCAUUACAAUAUUACAAAAGCACAGUAGCCUUUGAAUGCAUUUUUACCCUUUAGAAUUGAAGUAUGGUAUCCGUUAUGAUUUAAAUUUUGCACCUCCCAGUAAUUGAAUUUUCAGUGUAUUCCAUUCAUGAGAAGGUAUUUCAUAUUUAUAUGUUAUCCUUCACACCACAAACGCUUUGGAGCACAUGCAUUAAUAUAAUCUAGUUUUUAUGAAAUGAAAAAGUAACAUGCACUUGCGAAUCGGAAGAUUUACCAUAACUAAAGGCAAGCUUUAAUGCAAGAGACCUGUGUAUAAUAGAUACAACAUUGUGACUUUUUUUUUGCAUGAAUCCUGCAAUAGUUUUAUUUAGCAUCAUGGCACUCAUUAUUUAUAUAGUAGCUUAUUGUUUAAUCGUAAAUUUCCAUGUCUUGAUUGCUACUUUUUGAACGAUUCUAUUUCUCAACACUAGAGUGUUCAUUUAUAAUAGUGAAUUUCAGUUCUUUUUUCAUGAUUUUUAUUUACAUUAUUUUUCUUUCACUUUGUAUAAAAAUUUUCCUUUUGCUUAAAGAAGUACAGAUAAAAAUCUUCCUAAUUUUGUAAGCAACCAUUGUAAGAUAAAAUGAUAUGCUCUUUUAUUUACAU